AGCCUUUUGUUUGUUUUCCUGCCGGAGGCUGGAAAACGGCCGGGUUCCUGCUGCACUACCAUGCGCCGUGCGGCCCGUGCGACUCGGCGGACCUCGCGGGCGUCCCUGCACGCAUCCCUCGGCCGGUCUUAGCAGGGAUUGUCCCCAUUUCCAGCUCCGGAGCUGGCGGCUGUGCCCCGCUCGUCGAGGAGCUGCGCUCACCGCAGGGGCGGGCCCCCGCCUGAGUUCGCGGCGCCAGUGAAGCAUGACCUGUGAUAAAGUAUUGAUAACAUGUAACUGCCCUUGUGACUACCAUAAAAGAUGAUGCCUGAGAACCAGAAAGGUAAAGUACUGCUGUGUAAUGCCCAGCUACAUGUUUGGCAAUAUCAUGAAAGUUACUAGCUGCUUGAACUUGUGGUUCCCCGAAGAUAGUUAUUAAUGUUUUUGCCCUCUUGGACAUUGCCUUUGCUUUAAAGGAGAAUUUACUAGAGAAUGAUUUAACUAAGACAAAGGUGAGGGAGAAAAAUGUAAGAUAUACAUGCCUUCAUGUUAUCUUAGCUGUUGAAAAGCAAAUUUUUUCCUAAAUAAGUGUAAAAGUUUUUAGAAGGAGUCAUAAUUUUGGUACCGUAGUCCCAAUACAGUUGUCCAGUUUGCAAAGAAGUGGGGCAUGACAGGAUGGCAGUGAGGGUGGACAUGGUAGUACAGAAAAAUCACCUAUGGUCAGGAUUGCCUUUUGAAGCUCCAUAAGUUGUUCAUUCAUUAGUUAAUUCAUUCAACCUGUCUUUAUUGUGAGUCCGUACUUGUGCCAACUAUGCCAAUUCUCUGGGAACUGAGUACUAGGAAUACAGUUGUGAACACAGCAAUGUUUCUGCCCUCACAGAGCUUAUAUUCUAAGGUUAAACACAGCUUGUAUGUAGCCCUGUAACCUACAGGUAAAUGAGGGUUCUAUGGAGAGUACUAAAGUGCUUCUGCUUAUUUGGGAGGUUUCCUCAUUUUCAGGGCUUGACAAACUAUGGCUUGUGUGCCAAUCCUUCCUGCUGCCUGUUUUUGUAAAUAAAUUUGUACUGGAACACAGCCAUGCCCAUGUAUUUACAUAUUGUCUUUGACUGCUUUCAUGCUACAAUGGCAGAGUGAAGUUGUGAUGGAGAUGGAGAGCCUGCAAAGCCUAACCUGUUUACUGACCCUUCACAGAAAAAGUGUGCUGAUCCCUGCCCUAUUUUAUUUUUACAUUUAGCCUUUACUUCCUUUACGUUAAUUCAUUUUGAUUUUUUUUAUACAUGCUAGGAAAGCAUCUUACCCUGAGAUCAGCUCCUCUGUCAAAUGUGUUGUAAUAUGUAUAUAGAUACUGAUAAUAUGUGGCUGACCUUGUAACUACCAUAAAAGAUAAUGCUUUAGAACCAGAAAGGUAAAGUAUUAUUGUGUAAUGUCCAGCUACUUAUUUGCCAAUAUCAUGAAAGUUAUUAUCUACAUGAACUUGUAUGUGAUAUGCUCUUAGUCACUCCCCUAUCUUCACUAUCCCUUAUCUUGCCCACCCCUGAAACACAGGCAAGCAGGACUGUUGCCACCCUCGGCAGUUUUCAUUAAGCUGGGGACUCUCAUUCUAGCUCAUCUACAGUUUCACACAUGGCAGGGUAAAGGUUUGUUUUUCUGGCUGUUUUUUUUUUAAUUUUUUUAACAUUUCACCUUUACAUCAGUUCUUUACAGUCCACUAAAGCCAACUGUGUGUCCUAGUUUAAAAAUCAUCUGCAAGCGAUUGAAGAAUUUUUUUAAGGUUCAAGGCAUGAGCACCUUUGAUAUUGUAAGAGAAGCGACAGGGAGUUGUGGAAGCUUCUCGUGGGAUUAAGGACCUAGUGCAGGAUGAGUUCUUUUUUCAGAAGCUGGGAUUGAAAGAGGAGAGGGAUGGUAAAGGUAUGAAGCAGUUUCUGGGGCACAGAAGAGGGCACAUGACGUAACAGAUUAUCUUCUCUUGUUAGCAUCCAGUUGAUGCAAUAGCUGAAUGCAUCUUUAAUUCACUCCUCUGUCAGGGUAAAGACAAAGCAAGAUCCAUGUAAAGAAGGUCCCUUUGGCUUUGUAGCUACUAUUCCUUAUGCAGAAAAAAAGCAGUAGUCCAAGAGGCAAAAUGCUUUACAGUUUUGCUUGCUAAAAUGUACAGAGGCAGAAGAAUUACGUCCAGGAGAAAAAUGAAAACCCAGAUGUACUAUUUCUAGUAACUUUUUAAAAGAAAUUAACAGUGUUCACUGACUUUUGUAAAGUUAGGACACAUUCAAACCUAGAAUACAAAGUGUAAUUAUAAACCUGUAAAGGUAAAAUGGAACUCAGAAGUACCAUGAGAAGGGUCAUCUAAUGAUUUCGCAUAUAAUCCACUUUUCCCAGGAGGAUAAAUGAAAGUAACAGAAUCUUUUCCAUGUAAGAUAAUUAAUGCAAAGGGCGACAAGCUUCUUCUAAGGAACUGAAUGGUGUCAAUGGGCCUGGUAAACCACAACUCCCAGAGAACGCCAAGUUUGUUGUAAUUUUUUGUCUUCUGUCUUAGAAAAUGUGUAAUGAUGGCAUUAAUUCAUUGAUUAAGAUUUCAAAAUAAAGAAUGAACUACAAUUUUCCCUGCCCCUCGCCUCCGUUUUUUAGGCUGUGAAUGAGCAAGGCACCUGAUGCGAGCUGCUGGCCAUCAGCAGAUGUUCUUUGCCUGCACCGAGGAUUGAAGCUGAGGGGAGGGAAUUGGGGCAAAUCACAGGAAGGUUUUUCCCAAUGUCACCUAGCCAGGAACAUCCUAACAUUGACUUCAGAGGUUUGCUGGAACUCUUUGAAAGAGAGAUAAAGCUGUCUUUCUUUGUUAGUUGGGUACAGCCUUACCCAAAGGCCAGAGGCCUGAUCUGACUGCAUGGAGGGGCCUUUCUGUGACUCUCUGAGACUCAGUCGUCCGGGCAUUGUUGUGGGAGGGCCCAGGCUGCCUCCCUGCCCCAGCUAUUCUGUGGUAUUCACUGUUCUUCCACUUCAGAACUUCUAAACUUUUAGUUGGACCCAACAGUUUAUCUUUAUUUUGCGUAUGACAAAAUAGAAGCACUGAGAAUUUUGAGGUACUUAGCCAAGGUGGUACAGAAAAUAAAUAGCAAAGACUAAAACUCAAAUUUGGGCCCUUCAAACAAUCUUUGAGGACUUGCUACUGCCAGUGGAGUGAGAACACGAAGAUAAAGGAAUCUUGGAGAGUGUCGAGGAUGAAGCAGAGGGUGCACCUGCAGGUCACUGCCACGGGGAAGGGGCCAGCAGUGAGGUGAGGACAAGGCACUAUGGCAUCAAGGGAGAGGGGCCAUUCUCUGGGUCUAUAUGUGUGGGUUGGGGCAGGAGGCUUAGAAGAUGUGAUGUGUGAUCUCGGAAGAGAAGGAAUUGAUGUUUAAUGUUCACUGGGGCCUGGCUGAGGCAAUGGGGUGCUUGUGCGUCUCUUGAAAGAAAGGUAUGUAGCAUAGGGGAUCCUUCAGUGGUACUGUCUUCUCCACUAACCUUUGUUCAUGUGAUGCAAAAAGCAGAAAUAUUUAUCCGUUUUUUUCUUAGACAAAUACUAGCUCGAUUCCUGAUUCAGAGUCACAGAAUCACACAGCUUUAGAGGAAGAAACCACCUUAGAGCAAGUCCAAUGCCCUGAUUCCACCGAAAGUAAACCCAAGGACCAAGAGAUGCCCCGAGGCACAGCAGGCAGAAGACUGAUUUUUGAAAAUAUGUAUUUGGGAGAUAGUCACGUCCUAUUGAAUACCUUGUGCUGGUGCUGCCAUCGAAAAAUCUGGUUACAUUCUGGGGAGGACUGCUACCACUGCAGGACUGAACCGCUUCGGCCGUGAGAUGAGUGUCUGGCCUGAGCAGGCACACCAUGAAUAGAUACACAACAAUCAGGCAGCUCGGGGAUGGAACCUAUGGUUCUGUGCUGCUGGGAAGAAGCAUUGAGUCUGGGGAGCUGAUUGCUAUUAAAAAAAUGAAAAGAAAGUUUUAUUCCUGGGAGGAAUGCAUGAACCUUCGGGAGGUUAAGUCUUUAAAGAAGCUCAACCAUGCCAAUGUAGUCAAAUUAAAAGAAGUUAUCAGGGAAAAUGAUCAUCUUUAUUUUAUCUUCGAGUACAUGAAGGAAAAUCUUUACCAGCUCAUUAAAGAAAGAAAUAAGUUGUUUCCUGAGUCUGCCAUAAGGAAUAUCAUGUAUCAGAUAUUACAAGGACUUGCAUUUAUUCACAAACACGGCUUCUUUCAUCGAGACUUAAAGCCUGAGAACCUCCUCUGCAUGGGACCAGAACUUGUGAAAAUCGCAGACUUUGGUUUGGCCCGAGAAAUCCGAUCAAAACCUCCAUAUACAGAUUAUGUAUCUACCAGAUGGUACAGGGCUCCAGAAGUACUCCUGAGGUCUACCAACUACAGCUCCCCCAUUGACGUCUGGGCCGUGGGCUGCAUCAUGGCAGAAGUUUACACCCUCAGGCCACUCUUUCCUGGAGCCAGUGAAAUUGACACGAUAUUCAAAAUUUGCCAAGUGCUGGGGACACCAAAAAAGACUGACUGGCCUGAAGGCUAUCAACUUUCAAGUGCAAUGAACUUCCGUUGGCCACAGUGUGUACCCAAUAACUUAAAGACCUUGAUUCCCAAUGCUAGCAGUGAAGCAAUCCAGCUCCUGAGAGACAUGCUUCAGUGGGAUCCCAAGAAACGACCAACGGCUAGUCAGGCACUUCGAUAUCCUUACUUCCAAGUUGGACACCCACUAGGCAGCACCACACAGAACCUUCAGGAUUCAGAAAAACCACAGAAAGGCAUCCUGGAAAAGGCAGGCCCACCUCCUCAUAUUAAGCCAGUCCCUCCUGCCCAGCCGCCAACCAAGCCACACACACGAAUUUCUUCACGACAACAUCAAGCCAGCCAGCCCCCUCUGCAUCUCACGUACCCCUACAAAGCAGAGGUCUCCAGGACAGAUCACCCAAGCCAUCUCCAGGAGGACAAGCCAAGCCCGUUGCUUUUCCCAUCCCUUCACAACAAGAAUCCCCAGUCGGUGAGCAGCCCAGAUUCACCAAAAAUCACAGCUGGCCUGGAGCACAAAAAUGGUGAGAUAAAGCCAAAGAGUAGGAGAAGGUGGGGUCUUAUUUCCAGGUCAACAAAGGAUUCAGAUGAUUGGGCUGACUUGGAUGACUUGGAUUUCAGUCCAUCCCUCAGCAGGAUUGACCUGAAAAACAAGAAAAGACAGAGUGAUGACACUCUCUGCAGGUUUGAGAGUGUUUUGGACCUGAAGCCCUCUGAGCCUGUGGGCACAGGAAACAGCGCCCCCACCCAGAUGUCAUAUCAGCGGCGAGACACGCCCACCCUGAGAUCUGCAGCGAAGCAACACUAUUUGAAGCACUCUCGAUACUUGCCUGGCAUCAAUAUAAGAAAUGGCAUACUCUCGAAUCCAGGCAAGGACUUUAUUCCACCUAAUCCAUGGUCUAGUUCUGGCUUGUCUGGAAAAUCUUCAGGGACAGUGUCAGUAAUCAGCAAAGUAAAUUCAGUUGGUUCCAGCUCUACAAGUUCUAGUGGACUGACUGGAAACUAUGUCCCUUCCUUUCUGAAAAAAGAAAUAGGUUCUGCUAUGCAGAGGGUACACCUGGCACCUAUUCCAGACCCUUCCCCUGGUUAUUCCUCCCUGAAGGCCCUGAGACCUCAUCCUGGGCGACCAUUCUUCCACACCCAGCCUAGAAGCACUCCUGGGUUGAUACCACGGCCUCCAGCCGCCCAGCCAGUGCACGGCCGGACAGACUGGGCUUCCAAGUACGCGUCUCGGCGAUGACUAUCUGCCUUGGUGAUGAAUCUCUACAUAGGGAGAAGCAGGACACUUUCCCUCAGCUGACUGGUGUUCUUCCUGCAAGAUGUACAGAGGGCAGAAAAGCAAAUCAACACUUUAUAGUUAUUCUUCUGAACUAAGACAUGUCAAUAUUCUUUUUUAAAGUUUUUUUUAAAAUAUUGAUUUGAAUGCAGUACGCUUUUUUGUAUAAAAUUAUUUUAUUCUAAAACUGGGUCCCGUUAUUUUCUUAAACAACAGCAUUUUGUAUAUAUGGAUUAUGUUUUAGCAUUUUAUACAGUCAAGUUUGUAAUGAACUUUUUAAAGAUUAAUUGAUUUUCCUUUGGGGUUCCAGAUAAUAUUUUCUACAGACUUUGAAAAAUGUAAUAAUAUUAAUGCAGUAUUGCAACAGGGGUGCAAUUUAAGGCUAUGUGAUAGAGGGUUAUUUACUCAAUGUGUGCAGAUAUUUAUGAAGUGGUUAAAUUUUAAGUGUGGCUCACUAGGUACUUGAGGCCUUCUUGGACUGUUGUUAGAAAAGUGAUCCUCUGCUUUUCUUAACAGGUCAUUGGUUUGAUUUUUGGAUACCACUCUGCUGUUCUGAAAGGACUAUUGUAUAAUUCACUUUGUUUUACUUUUGUUCCCCAGAUGAAAGAACUCUAAGUAAAUACGUUUUAAAAAACCAUUUCAACACCCUUUAAUGUGGUUGCAGAUAUCACAUGAAACCAAGCUUAAUCAUUCUAUGCCAUUGUAUUCUAAUUUAUUCCACUUUUGAAAUCAAGUUGUAUGUGUACCAAUAAAAGGAGAGCUUUUUGUUUCAAAAGGCUCUCAACAUGAAGCUUAACACAGUCAAUCAAACUUACAUUCCUGCCAAGAUGCAUGGCCAAAAAACUAAGUAUCAAAGCAGCAGAAAGUUUUUGAUUAUAGUAACUGAGAUGGAAUUUUGCACCUAGCUCGGUUCUCCAGAUCUGGCUAGGAGCAGUCAAUGACUAAUCUUCUGUCCUAGCCAAAUUCUCAGGACAAUUUGGGGAGCAGAAAGAGUUAUGGCAGAGGUUCCACUCAUCUACGAAGUCACAGUCACGUGCCACAUUUGAUCUCCUAACCCUGGUGUAGUUUCUUUCAAGAAUGAGAACUCUAUUUGUUGGGCAGAGGCUGUUCCAUUGAGAGGAAUGUUUACAGCAAUUUUGAAAAUGACAAAGCCAGUUUGGAGACAGAAAAAGACAAAAGGUCCAGUCUCAUCCACCUCUAUAUGGUACAUUUGGCUCACUUAUGGUUGCCUUAAAGGCAAGAGGGAAGGUCACCAUCAGUGAACGCAAUGCAGUCUUGAACAGUGUAUUGACUCAUAUUCUCCUAGGGCUCAAACUACUUUCUUGGUUCCAGGAUAAUGACAAGUUGAACCAUAUGUAAGUAAUCUUUUUUUUUUUUUGGUUUUUGAGACGGAGUCUCACUCUGUCGCCCAGGCUGGAGUGCAGUGGCGUGAUCUUGGCUCUCUGCAACCUCCACCUCCCAGGUUCAAGCGAUUCUCCUGCCUUAGACUCCCAAGUAACUGGGACUACAGGUGCCCGCCACCACGCCCAGCUAAUUUUUGUAUUUUUAUUAGAGAUGGUGUUUCACCAUGUUAGCCAGGAUGGCCUCGAUCCCCUGACCUCGUGAUCCACCCUACUCCACCUCCCAAAGUGCUGGGAUUACAGGCAUGAGCCACCGCAUCCAGCCAAGUGAUCAUUUUUAUAGGUUAAAAUGAUAGGUGAAAUGAAUCUAGACACUUUCAUAUGGUUCAACCUAAUGACUUGGUAAAUUAUUGCUUUGGUAUAUUAAUAAUAUGUUGCAUUCAUUCUGAACAAAUUACCAUGGCUUCCAAAGAGCCUUAACCUAAAAUCAGAGAGGAAUUUACGCUUUGGAGAAUCUGACUCAAAAAUAUACUUGACCAAGCACCGUGGUCCCUAGGGGCAUGAGAAAAGCACAUAAUGGAUGUGGAUGUGAUAGGUGGUCUUUUCCUGUUGACAAGCUGGCAGCAAAGCUUCAGAAAAUAUAUAUGCAAGCACAACUUGAAGCUGAAUUCAUUUCUGUAUUAUAUUCUCAACUCAUUAUCUAAAGCAUCAGAAAAUGUGUUUUCAGAGAUGAGUCCUUUACUAUAAGGUUAAUAUUUAUUUUCAUUUUCUGUAUUAUAUAUGAAAAGUAAAUUAAUGUGAAACCUUGCCCAGCUUGCUGGAAAGCAGGUUUUAAAUUGUAAAUAUUCCUUAGAGGAGCAAAUGGAUUGUUUAAUACCAUAGUCUCGGUAAUCUAGCUUAUAUAAGGUCAUUACAUUUUUUAAUUGAAAAACCUAGUUACCUGAUUAUUACACAUUAUAAAAUUGUUUUUCUUCUAAUACUUUAUAGGGCCCAACUUCAGAAAAUACUUUGCUUUCUUCCUUUUACACUUUCCUUUGUUUACCAGCAAACAACUUCCCUGGGGAAGCCAAACAUAUUUAUAAAAAAAUCAAGUAGCUGAUGUGCAGUUGAGAAAAACUAAAAGACGGAGAAAACAAAUUCUAACUAGCAAAUGCUGUGAAGUACUCUUCCUCCCCCUCUCUGAAAUGGGUAAAGGACCAAUUGUGUAAAAAACCUAUGCGCUAUAGAAGGGAAUAGUAACCAUUUCUUUUGUCUCUCUGUUUUUGUUCUGACUGAGAAUCUGUGCAGCCAUUUCUUGUUAUAUGAAAACAAAAUGCUACUUGUGACCUCUAUUUUUUGUUACUGUAGAAUUAUAAAAUGUAAUGUAAGACACCAACAGAAAUGAUAUACCUGUAACUGUACCUAUCAGGACUAUACCUCAUUUACAGUCAGAAAGCUUACUGGGACGUCAGGAAAUGAUACAGGGUUGGUUCUCAUUUCGUGCUGAAAUGAGACAGAAGUUCAGUGACAAAGGUGCGCUGUGGGGGUAUCGAGGUCCCCCAGGUAGAGCCAGCAGAGCAGGGAAAACUGCAUUUGCAUAAAAACUACUCUUAACAUGAUUGUUCAUUUUACAGUAAAAUUCCAUUAAUUACCAAGCCCUCACCCAGCUCAUGUAUGAUAAAAUUUAUGUUGGAAGAAACGUGAUUUUCAAAUAAUUUUUUAAAUUUAUCUCUUGCCUAAAGGACUAUAUACAUCUAAUAUGGUAACACUAUGUCAUCUUCUGGAGUUAUCAAAAAUUGUAUGCAAUCAAGACAACACAAAAUAAGAAUUAUUUUAUUUUUAAGUGCACAUACAGGUACUGUUGGAGUUGAUGGGCACCAUGCUUUCUCAUGAAGUAGCAUUUCCCUACCAUCAAGCCAUUGUUUUGUGCCAUUCAGCAGAUGAAAAAAAGGAAUUUAUGCUGUACAUUUCAGUUCAGUGUAUGACCAAAAGCAAUAUGUUUAUAAGAAGAUGUUUGACAUACUAAUUAUUUUAUAUCAUUUAAACCAUACUGUAGCAACAUAAUAUAUGUAGCUAAUUUUUAGAAUUAUUUUUACAAUUUCCAACCAAAUGUACUGUACUGUUAUAUAAUUUAUUGUGAUGAUCUUCUCAUGGAAACCAUUAGGAAGACAAACUGGAGGUAAAUAUCACAUUAAUCUGUAUUAUCAAUUUCUUAUAGACACUGUGCUAAUGUGAAUUUUAAAUGACCUGCAUCAAGUCUUCUGAUUUCAGAUAACUCAGUACAGAUAGCAAUUAGUCACCUGAUUUGAUUACAAUGGAGUAACUGACAAUAUAUUUAUUUAUAAAGCAAAUAUUCAUAAUAAUGAGAAGAAUUCAGAGUAACCACUUAAGCAAGACCCUUCUGAAAUAAAAAUGUUGCUUUUUAAAUAGUUUGUCCUAAGGUGUUUAAAAAUGUCAACUUUAGGUAAGGAAAAAUUUCCUGCUCCAAAUAAAGUUGAAGUUUAAGAAAAAUUGA